AUGCCAUCGCCAGACCGGUCGAUCUGCCGAGUGCCAUCGUACGAGUGCCAAAACGCGCUGGAAUACACCCGGUCGAAAGUCGACUAUGUGUUCGGCGCUGAACUGUACAUGGCUCUGAGCGACAUGCUACUGAGGAUGAACCAAGUGGUGGGUUACAAUAAUGAAAUCGUCAUCGCGACCGCUGAUCAAAAGCUGGGCUUGAACCCGGAAGUCAGUAAUGCGAGUCGAGUCGUGCCGCACUACGAAACGGGAAUCGUGGCACCGGCACCGGAAGUAGAACCACCACCACGACAGCAGCAGCAGCAGCAGCUAGUGGAAGUUAACGACAUAUCGUCAAGCAGACUAAACAACGCCAUUCUGGAGUCAAGUGGAAACGUUGGCGUGCCGUACCAGGUCAUCCUGAAGACGUCGUGUUAUAUCAACGUCGCAUCCUUUCCCAUGGAUCAACAACAAUGUCGGAUGACGUUCGAGUCGUGGACAUAUCAUGGCAAUCAACUCAAUAUCUCAAAUGGUGAACGAGGGGAAGCAUCCUUAUCUGAAUACAUUUCCAAUGCGGAAUGGGAACUGAUAUCAUUUACAAAGAACCGGCAGGUCACGCAUUACUCAUGCUGCUUGGAGCCCUACAUUACAUUAACGUACACAGUUACCAUGAGACGACGGCCCCUGUUCUUCCUGAUGUAUCUCAUGAUGCCCUGCCUCAUCAUCACGUUGGUGGCUCUGCUGGGACUCCUGGUGCCCACUGAAUCUGGGGAGAAAGUAUCUAUUGGAAUCACUUCUCUUCUGUCAAUGAUAGCGUUGUUGCUGGUUAUUUCGACAUUGCUACCACCGACGUCUCUUGCGAUUCCUCUAAUUGGUUGGUACUAUGCGAUCAAUAUCGUCAUCGUGUCUCUGAGUAUUGUUCUGGCCGUGUUCACUCUGAAUAUCCAUCAACGAGGGGCGAGAGGACACAAACUGCCACGAAGUGUGAAAACUUUCUUCUUUAGAUUUCUUGCUCGGAUCCUCUUCAUCAAAAUAGACCUGCCAGAGUCUACCGACCAGAACAUGAUCCUAAUUUCUGCUCAUGACGAGGCUAUGGAUGCAGACAAACCAGCAUCCACCAUGACAGAGGGUCAGCCCGGUGGAGGGAAUAACGUGGUGGAUGUUCUCAACCGACUGCUCAACACAGUAGAGAAGGCCAUGGAUCUACACAAGAGGAGGAUCACAACACAAGACAGCCUUGACGAGGCUACAUAUGAGUGGAAACAGCUGGCCAUCGUUCUCGAACGCGCUCUGACUAUCAUAUUUCUCAUCGUCACUCUUUGUACGGCUUGUGUAAUGUUCACACAGACUCACUGGUAGACCAGUGGCUAAAGUGUUUGUCAGUCAGACAGUGGACCUAGCUACUAUUUUCAUAAGGGUAUAAUGAUAUCUUUUUCUUUACAGAAACAACAGGUAGCCUUGCGGUUAAAGUGUCUGCUAGUCAGACAUUAGACCUAGCUACUAUUUUUAUAAGGGCAUAGUAAGAUCUUCUUCUCUAUAGAACCAGGAGGUAGCCUUGUGGUUAACGAUCUUCCUAUAAUCUUCUGCUUUCCAGAACCUUGAGAUAGUUUAAUAGUUAAAGUGUUCGCUCGUUUAUAAAGCUACCAAAUUUUGAAACGGUUGAGUUUGUGAACUACACCAGUUAACGAAUGAGUGAUUAACAUCGCUCAAGGAUCAGGAUUUCUGAAUAUGUUUUGAAUAUUUCAUGAAUGAACAAAAUCAGCAUUCGCAUUUUCUCCUAUGCUUUUCGUUUUAAUGAAGAGUGAACAAGAAUAGUUCAGACAAUAUCAGUAUAUCCCUGCUUGUUGUAUUAUGUGACAGUUAAUUGUAGUGAACAAUACGUAUGACAAUAUCAGUAUAUUUAUGCAUAUUGUGUUAUCUGACAGUUAAUUGUUGUAAACAAUUGUUAAUUGUUGUAUUAGUUUGUGAAUAAUAUGUCAGACAAUAUCAGUAUAGCCCUGUAUAUUGUGUUGUGUGACAGUUAAUUGUUGUAAACAUAUUGGUAGUGAACAAUACGUCAGACAAUAUCGGUAUAUCUCUGCAUGUAGUGUUCUGUGAGUGUUAAUUGUUUUAACAUAUUGGUAGUGAAUAAUACGUCAGACAAUAUCGGUAUAUCUCUGCAUUUUGUGUUCUGUGGGAGUUAAUUGUUGUAAACAUAAUUCUACUGAUUUUCAAUGGCAGUAAAUGAUUGACAUGUUAGCGUGCUAGUAAAAUUGCCCACUGAGACUGCUUACUGGCAAACAAGGAUAAGUUGAGCGCCGACCUGACAAUUGACCCAUAUUAGCAUGUAUGAGUGCCGCCCACUGACGCUUGCCAUUGUGAGCAAAGGGACCCAGGUUGUCCGCGAUCAAGUGUAGUGCGAUGGGUGAAGCACGUGGCCUGUCUCAGAAAACGCUGAGUUCGACAGUGGCAGGAAUCAAUUUCAUCGUCAUGCAAUACACGUGCACUAGCCUACAUCUGCUCUACCUUC